AUGUCAUCUUUAUAUGGAAUUAGCCAGGUAAGCUGGCCAGAACUUAUUCCACCGCAAUCUGCGCAGCCACGCCAAUCAUUAUUUGGAGGCCCAAGCAGCGAUGUCUUGCAACCUUCUUCGCAGCCAGAACCGCCAAGAAGUUCUCUUUUUGGAGGCCCCAUCGAGCGAGAUGUCCCUCUAGAGCCUUUUUCUGAAGAUCCCAUGGAUGAGGAGCCAGACAAAAACCAAAAUGAAUUCGACACGUUAAUGCGAGAACAGCCCUUGGCGUUCCCGGAUGACUCUGAUGACGAAAGCUAUCAGGAAAAUAAUCGUGGCAGAAGUCGCACACGCUCAAAAAGGACGCAGAAGUCUCAGCAUGAGCCAAUCUACUAUGUAGUUGACCGAGGUCUUGACCUGCCACCUGGCGUUGAGCGUCCCAAUCUGUUUGAUGGACACGCCACUUCGUGGAGGAACUACAACGCCGACGAUAUUGGAGCCUAUAAUGCAAUGGUCACCCACCGAACGAGAGAUUUGGCGGCUCACCUUUACAAUGCCCACAUGAUUCGCAGGCGAGCGCGGGACACUGCCCGGAAGAACCAUGGGAUCCUUGACAAAGCGCCACUCCGUGUACACAAGUGGUGGGCUGCAUGGCCUGUUCAUGCGGCCACAGUUCCCCGCCCCAAUGAGGUCAUCCAGAGGACAAUGGAUUCCCCUGAUAAUUUUCAGACGCAACCUGAUCCUCGACCCAGUGCGGAAUUGGAAGGAUGUAUCACGGCAUUCAUGCUAAAGACCUCCAAGGAGACCUUCCAAGCCCGAGAGUGGACUUUGGAAGAAAUUGAAGAUAACUUCCGGAAUAAGUCGGACGACGGGGAUGAACUGAUGGACGAUGAAUUGGAGAAAAAGGAAGAGGACGAAGAAGAAGCGCCUGUUGAUACAAGAAUCCUCCGGCCGACAGUGCUACUGGAUGAUGACAAAUCUCUUCGCCAAUUACGUCCGCUGGCCCGCAAUGUGAUUUCACAGGUAGACAGGCUACUAUACGGACUUCAUUGCGCCAUGAAGGGCCGCUUGUUCGAGGAAGACUCUGGUGAUGAGCAAUGGACUGAUUCGGAUGAAGAAGAUCACCCAAUUCGAGAGAACCCCCAGCUUGGAAGCAGAAGUAGAUCCCGCGGUCGGAGAAGUGCUCGACGGGAGUCUCAUGAACGGGAGUUAUCACGUCGUUCCAACAGUGCACGCAUGUCCACUGGACCGGAGACGGAAGAUGAAAGCUUGCCAGAACUUUCCCAGACCCGAGCACAGUCUUGUAACUCGUCUACUGGCCGCGAUAGCAGUGGUCGCAAGAAGGACCGACUCAAACUGCGAGACUGGAGUGAAGUUAUGGGACUGGCAUCAAUGAUGGGCCUCCCAGCUCCUGCGGUAAUGCGCGCGUCAAAGCGAUGCGCCGAUCUUUUCGGUGAAGACAUGGAAUUCCGAAUAAUGCCCGAAGGAAAGGUAAGGAAAAAGUGCAAGACAGAUGCUCGAGAGGAAUAUGUCUACACCGAAAGCGAGAGCGAAAGCGAUUCGGCACCGCCAAGUCCUCAGCCAAGCCCUCUGCCAAUCCCCCAGCCAAAUCGCAUGCCCGAACCCAGACCCGAGCUCGGGCCCAAACCCAAAGCUAAAGCGAAUAUGCCCAAAACCAAGGCAAAGACACCCAAAGCCAAGGCAAGGGUACCAAGCCAGCGACCCUCGAAGUACAUCACUCCUGCAGUCGUUCCUCCCUCUGUCUCUCCAUCACCAGCCCCGGAGACGCCGCCAGAAUCCGCAGAACCUCCUGCUGAGACCACAGAACAAGCAGUUGAUCAGGAGCCAAGGACGGUUAAACCAGGUGUUGGAAAGGGUCCUCAUCGGAAAGCGGAUAUUCUGUGUCCUGUCAGGUCUUGCACUCGACAUACGAAUGGGUUUUCACGAAAAUGGAACCUCAACCAACAUUUGAAAAAGGCUCAUGGUAUACAUGUUGCUCCUGGCAAUGAAGCCUCGAUUGAGCGGGAUGAUCCGGUUAUCAUGAUCGAAUAG